UGAAUAAAAUGAUUAAAUAGUAAAUUGGGUAUCCAAAGUUCAGCAGUGAUUAAGAGAAUAAAUCAUUUUCUACCAGUAACAGUAAACAGAGAAAUCAAUUUGAGUGGACAUUUUGUAUAUAUAGCAUUUUUGAACAUUCUCUAGCUUGAGUGGAGAAGAGUAAAGUGAAACUUGGCAGUAGUAGCUUUGGAUAUCCAUAAUUGAGUUUCAUCUAUCCAGAAUGUCAGUUACAGAUAUCUAGCAUGCAUUUUGAGUAGUCACAAAAGCAAUUCUACAUAUCUAUAAUGCUAUUACUUUUUAUUUAUUUAUUUAUUUCAAAUCUUCAGCUGUGGAUAUUUUGAAGUAUAAUUUUUACUAGUCUAAAUGCUAUUUUAGAUAUCCAAACUGCAAUUAUGUAUAGUCAGUUUAAAGUCCUUAAGUGUAAAAAAAAAGGCUCCCCGUACUGAUCUGGGGCUCUCCCACCACAGAUCUCCUGCUGCAGCUCUCUGACGUCACAUCCAGGGGGCGGGGCCAGCAGACAUCCUCGACAGGCGCACUCGUCGCCGCAGCCCGAGAGGAGGAAAGGCGAGAGCGGCUGCGAGAGUUCGGACGCACUGCGGAGGGAGUGCAGCUAUGGGGAACGCACAGGAGAAGCCUCCGGGCGCCGGAGGAGGAGGAGGAGGAGGAGGGACCCGGUCGGAUUCAGCCACAGCGGGAAGCGGCGCGAGAAGCCAGAGUGGGGGGAGCGCAGAGAAGGAGGUGGUGAACGGCACCGAGAGCGGUCGCCGGCAUAACAGCCCUGCGGUGGAUACGCGGUACCUGGAUGCCCCAGCGGGGGCCCUGCCCCCCCACCUGGCCCGGCUCAAGAACGAGGGGAACCACCUCUUCAAACACGGCCAGUUUGGAGACGCUCUGGAGAAAUACACACGAGCCAUAGAGGGAUGUGCAGAAGCAGGCGUGGAAAGUCCGGAGGACCUGUGCAUUCUCUACUCCAACAGAGCCGCCUGCUACCUGAAGGAUGGAAACAGCACAGACUGCAUCCAGGACUGCACCAUGGCUUUGGAGCUGCAGCCCUACUCCUUGAAGCCCCUCUUACGUAGAGCUUUGGCCUAUGAGUCACUGGAGCGCUACAGAAAGGCCUACGUGGAUUACAAGACUGUUCUGCAGCUCGACACUGGGGUUCAGGCAGCCCAUGACAGCGUCCAUAGGAUCACCAAGCUGCUGAUCGAGCAGGAUGGGCCCGAGUGGAGAGACAAGCUCCCGGAGAUCCCCGUCGUCCCGUUGUCUGUGCAGCAGCAGCACAGAGAGAAACCAAUCAGCAUCGAGCUGGCCCAGGCCCGGGCCGCCCGGGCAGCACAAGAGGAAGCCAGGAGAAAAGAGGCACGCUUCACUUUACUGAAACAAGAAGGCAACAAACUGGUGAAGAACGGCCACUUUCAGGAGGCUCUGGAGAAGUACAGUGAGAGUCUCAGCAUCAAACCUGAGGAAUGUGCUGUCUACACAAACAGAGCCAUUUGCCUGCUGAAGCUGAGUCGGUUCGAGGAGGCCAAACAGGACUGUGACUCCGCUCUGCAGCUGGAGCCGGGCAACAAGAAAGCCUUCUACAGACGAGCCCUGGCUUAUAAAGGUUUACAGGACUACCUGUCUGCCAGCAGCGACCUGCAGGAAGUCCUCCAGCUGGACCCCAACGUGCGGGAGGCUGAGCAGGAGCUGGAGGUGGUGACGGGCCUGCUGAGACAGAGCCUGAUGAACAACGCUGCGCACGCACGGCGGGUGAGCGACGAAUGCGCGUCCUGAAAGGCCGCUCUCAUCGCUUCCACCGCCCACUUGCUGCACCCGGGACUUGUGCAUUUUUCCAUUUACACAUCUCUCUUUGUCUAAUGGUGCCCAGGUUUGAUGGAUCGGAGGCAGAGGAACGAAACGCACGGAAGUUCCUAAUGUAGUGAAGGUAGAGGACUAAAGGGCAGAACCCAAGAGCUUCAGUAAUGAAGGUGACUGGUGUUGACUUUCUGGGAUGAGCUCUGUUGACAACGAGCUUUCAGCUCCGCACAAUCUGCAGCGUGUGCAAACCACAACAUCUGAAACGACAGCCUUUCAUAAAGGGGCAGCUUUGUUUGAGGAGGCUAAUGACAAGCGACUCUUCCCCGCGGCGUCACAUACUGUACAUACAGUACAGACCCAUUUAUUUGUGCAGGUGAAACGAGGAGAGCGAGUAAAACGUGCGUGCCUUAUUGAGAUCUCUACCACAGUCACAACACCUUUUGUUUGACAAACGAUAUGUUUGCCUGCUGCAAAAUGAAGUGAAUCAAGGUUUUCCUCCUUUGGUAAAUGCUCAGAGGCUCUGAAUGACAGAAUUCACUGGUUAAUGAACACCGAGAGUCAUUAACUUACUAUAAAUCAUCAAAAAAUCCCCAAAUCCUGAGCUAUGUUUUUUUUGAAAGGUUUAUGUCACUAAUUUUAGAUAAAUAUUCAUCUCAUGAUUGUGCACUGUAAGUUUUAGUGUAGGUCUCAGGAUCCGCCUUGAAUGUAAGCAAAUUGACUGUGUGUGUGUCUAUAUUUUAGUUUGACAAGUCUCCAGCUGUAUCUGUUACAAUAUCGUCCCACUCUCCCUUACAAACAAUAAUAACAUGGACGGAAGGAAGAAGAAUCCUAUCUAACUAAUAACUUGAAGUGCUGCUGCAGCUGUGCAGGGCUUUUACGCAGGCAGACGUUGUAUAGCACAAUGUGCCACAAAGAUUUCCCUUCAUAGUUCUGGUGUAAAAGUUCAGUUUGUCCAGGCUGCAUCUGUGGUUUGUUCUCAAUUUCGAUGUUGAAGCAUCAGGUAUCAAUUAAACACAACACUUGCUGAGGCUUCAGCUUCACAAAUGCUGCUUUGUGGAAUGUAAGAGCAUGUACUGUAUGUAAAUAGGAUGCAAAUGUAAAUAAUAAAGUGCAAUUUGAAUG